AUGAUUCACGACGGCAACACGAGCAUCGACGCACAAGUAAGCGUCGACGACAACGCCAAGAUGGCACAUGCAUCCCAUCGGAAAGCGCCCGUCGACGGGCAAUCGACAGGGAACCAAGAGGGGAUCAACAGGAAAUCAACAGGGAAUCAAUCGGCAGGGAAUCUACAGCGAACCAACGGGGAACCGUCGAGCCGGACGCUGAAUCAAGAGGCGUCGCGGCGUGCGGGAGACGGACGGACUGACUGGUUGGCCCUGCGCGCUGCGUCGCCACGUCGGGCGGAUCGACGACUAGGCCGACGCCAUCGACGCACAGGCUACAUAAGCGCCUCGCCUCUGGCAUGUCCAUUCGCUCGCUCCUUCCAUGGCCAUUCGUCCUUUGAGACCCCAGAUUUGACCUCGGUCGCCCUUUCCGCCCUUGCCCCUUCAUCACCUUCAUCACUGACCGCCUCUUGCCUCGCAGGCGACAGGGCAAGAGCGACGGAUAUACGGCAGCGGCGGCCGGUUGUUCCGAUGCGCCACCUCGCCUAUGCAUCGGCCGAUGAAGAUACGGAUGAUACGUCCUCCCGCUCCGUGCAUGUAAAUGCCACAUACCGCCUCUCCGCGUGCCCCAAGCCCGCACCGCUCCCACCCGUCUGCCUCGAGCACGCCGGAAUCCGUACACGCCUCGUCGUGCUGCUGCCGCCGUCGAGCACCUCCCCGGGCGGACGGCCGUGUUGGAAACCGACAAAGGGCUCGCCGACACACGCAACGUUCGACGAGCGUGCUACGCCCAACCGUCAGCUCCUCGACACGACGUCGUGGGCGACCAACCGCACCGACCGACGGCCCAGCCUCCACCCCGGCCUCUGUUUCAGUGCGUGGCCGUCGGCCUCUAAUGAGGUGUCUCAGUCGCGCGAGCGAGACGAGACGAGACAGGCCGACGCUGCCCAGGCCGACGCUGCCCCAGGCCGACAGCCAUCUGCCAACCCGUCAUACCCCGCGUCCGGAAUCGACACUCGCGCGCCGGCCAACUCGUCAUCCCCUCCUCCCCUCCCCCGACCGAAUCACCCCUCUGCCUGGCAGCCUGACAUGAGCCGAGCCACCGUCGACGGCAACACGCGUCCACGGCUCGAGACCUCAUCGCCAUCCUCCGUGUCCCUCUUCGACCUCCUCCACAACACCCUCGUCCUCCGAAACACCGUCCCCCACCUGCCCGUCGCCAGCCUCCUGCACCUCGCCGCCGCCGACCGAGCCUUCCGCGCCCUCCUCUACGCAACCCCCGGCGUCUUUCGAUACCUCGACCUGACGCGCGUGAAGGCGGCUCGGUGGGACGUGGACGAGAUCGACGGUGGCCGCUCCGCCUGGCGCCACCAUGGCGAGAACCUGACGGAAGAUGGCGUCUACUCGGCGCCGCUGCGAGGCAUCUUCUCGACGCUCGGCCGCCGACAAAUCCUCCGGCAUGUGCAGACGCUCGUCCUCGACGGCCUCUCCGUGACGUCGGAGCUGUGCCACGACAUCAUCAACGAUGCGACCUUUCGCGUCCGCAUCCUGUCGGUUCGCGACGUCAAGAACCUGAACCAGGCCAAGCUGCGCGCCGCCCUGCAGUACGCCUGCCGCCCGAGCCGGCCGGCCGACGGCCCGAGCCUCCAGGCCCUCUACGUCUUCGGCGCCAAGGAAGCGCCGCCUCCCUGGCCGCCGACGGUCGAGGCCGCGUCCGUCGGCUCCGGCUGGAACCGCAAGAGCCAGAUGGCGCUCGAACGCCAGGCCGACCCCUGGUGGGCGGCCAAGGGCCGCGUCGUCGCCCGCUCCGUCUCGGACGAGUGGGCCCACUGCAUGGCCGCCUGCGAGGGCAUCGUCGCCUUUGACGCCGUGCUCUGCCGAGGGCCGCGCCAUGGCCCCUCGCCGCGGUGGAACGCCGGCCCGGCCGUCGCCACCUUUGCCGUCGCCGCCUGCGAGCGCUGCGGCGACUGCCCCGAAGGCCUUUUGGACGCUCGCGCGAGCCCGCCGUCGAGCCUCCCGCUCCUCGCGCCGCCUCCGCUGCUGUCGUCGUCGGUCCGCGCCGCCACGGCGCCGCACCUCCCCUGCGAGCCCAUGGUCGCCCGCUGCGCCGACUGCCUGCGCGAGCGCUACUGUGCCGGCUGCCACACCUGGUGGUGCGAGACCUGCUACCCCCUUCCCGGCGUGGGAGGCGCCCUCGCCGCCGCCGCCGUCGACGUGGACGACGUUGUCGUCUUCGAGGAGGAGGACCAGGAGGACGACAUUGUGAGCGUCGCCGCAAGCGAGCAGCUCGAGGAGUUUGCCGCCACCAUCAAGAUCAAGAGUCGCCUCUCGAAGAGCUGCUGGGAAUGCGGCAACAACGCAAGUCACCCUCUCCCGAACCACGAUGGACCCGCGCUGACUAGGAACCCGUGCACCAGUGCGACUCCUGCAUCGACCGGACGCAGAGGGUCUGUCGCAAAUGCUGCGCCGGCUACUGCAUCAUCCACAACGAAGGCUCCACGGCCACCCACUGCGACUGGUGCGUGUCGCGAGGACGCGGCCUCGGCCGUCUGUGAGAGGCCAAACGGGCGGCCGCAAAGCAUCGCCAUGGCCAUGACACCGCCCGAGUGA